UAACGUGAUGUAGCGAAUAACUUCUCUUCCAACAGAAAUGGCGUGUCUACGAGCCUGCAGAAUCCUGCAUAGGCGCCACCUCCACAGUUCACAGAGUGGGGAAAGAGAAAGGGAGAACGGACUUUGAAGAAAGAAAGAGAGAUAGAUAGAUUCCGUCCAGUCCAUAGAGUUAUUCGCUUCGUCAGCUAAAGGCACUUCCGUUCAAAAAACGAUCAAUGUCGUACUAGUAGAGGAUUGCGUACAGGAUAACACGGGAAUGUGAUGCAGAGCCUGUAACAUAUAGAUGGUGACUAAUUCCUUUUAAAUCUUUAUUGGAUGGAAUAAGCUGACUUUUUGGCACAUCAAUUAUCAGUGUUAGAUUGUAUGAAAGAAAACUGGUAGAAGAUGAGCUGGAACCCGCAAAUGGAAGUUCACUAUGUAAAUGGCUGCUUUCCAUAUAACUCAGCUGGAAGUUCGGUAAAUUUGUUUGAAGGUCUAGCCUAUGAGCAUGUGAACUUGAUUUUUGCGGAUUCUGUACACUCUCAGGAGACCGUGUACCCUCCAAUGCAAACUAGUUUCUACAAAUUUGGCUUAUCUGAACCAGGAAAUUUUUCAUACUAUGAUUGUUACAAUGGCCAGAUACACAAUGAUGAUGCAUCCACAGUUCAUGAAUACCAUAGGCACUUCGAGAACUCUCAAACAAUCCUCAAUGAACACACAGAUGCAGCGACUACACAAUGGAAUGAAAAUGCUGGUGCAAACACGCCUGUCCAUGUAGAAUGUCCUCGGGAUCAGCCAAGUUCAAUUGAUAGUGAGGUCAUUUGGCAAGACAAUGUUGAUCCUGACAAUAUGACUUAUGAGGAACUUCUUGAACUAGGUGAAGUAGUUGGAACUGAGAGCCGGGGGUUAGCUCCAGAUUUGAUAUCUUUACUUCCAGUCCGGAAAUUUAAGAGAGGGUUCUUCUCCAGAAAGAACUCAAAAAUUGAGAGGUGCGUAAUAUGUCAGAUGGAAUACAAAAGAGGUGAUAAACAGAUUACCCUUCCCUGCAAACACGUCUACCAUGUCUGUUGUGGAACUAAGUGGCUUGGCAUCAACAAGGCAUGCCCCAUAUGUUACACCGAGGUGUUUGGAGAUGAAUCAAAACACUAGGAUACUACUGGUCAUUUCCUUCUCCCUAUCUCUGUUCUAGAGUCAGCUUCAAUUUCUUGGUUUUACCUGAUAUAUAGGCUUAUAUGUUGAUUUUUUCAACAACUCGAAUGACAUUGGAUGAAUGUUUUAAAACCUGGAGGAUUUCCAUAAUUUUCUACAUGAACCAACCAUUUAGCUCAGUUUGUCAUUUUGUUAGAUAUAGUGACAACCAAAAGGCAGAGGGUUUGAGCGUUUUAAACAGAAAGAGGGUAUAGGGUUUGUUUGUUCUGGUGAUUCAGUAGUUGUAUCGGUUGAAUAGUGACAAUUAAUGGGUUUUAGUAACACAUUUUUUAAUCUACAAUCCACGUUACACUAUUUGAAUGCAUAUUCCUUUUCAUGUU